UUCAUCUCUAGCAUUUCCUUCGGCGCGUAAUUUUCGUUUAAGAGAUUCAUCAAUAAAGAAUACGUUUUCAGGUUAUUUAGACAAAGAGACGAAGCGAUGGACUUUGACGACGCGAAAGAGAACAUCCAGCCGUUGGCCAGCGGCCGCAACGUGAGCCUGCUGCAGGCGUCGCUCAGCCAGGACUCGGCCCACGGCCAGGAGCUGCUGGCGCAUCGCAGGCAGAUGGAGGAGGAGCUGCGCACAUACGCGGGCGAUGAUCCACUCGGAGCCUGGUACAACUACAUCUGCUGGAUUGAGCAGAGCUAUCCCGCCGGGGGCAGUGGUUCCGGUCUGCAUGCGGCCCUUCACCAGUGCCUCACAAAAUUCGAAGAGGAUGGACGCUACCGCCAGGACAAGCGUUUUAUUAAGCUCUUUAUAAAAUUUAUGGAGAAACAGAAGGACCAGAUCGAGUUCUACCAGCAGAUGUACAACAAUGGAAUCGGAACAAUGCUGGCAGACUUUUACAUUGCGUGGGCCUACAGCUAUGACCUGAGCGGCAACAUGCGCAAGGCUGACGAGAUCUUCCGCCUGGGAAUCGAGUGCCGUGCGGAGCCGCUCGAGGAUCUCAGGGAGGCGCACCAGCACUUCGGCUAUACCGUGGGUCAGCGCAUGCUCUACACUACCGGCGAUGUGGCCAAUUCAGUAAAUCAGGAGCUAAACGAGCGACGGCUGGCAUUGCAGUCGUUGCAUGGUCGCCGCGAGCACAGGACCAACAUGAUUACCGUGGGGAGUAUCCGAACCGGACAGGCGGUAAAGAGCGGGUUGCCAGGCGUUGUUCAGAUCGAUGCUCCAAGCACAAGCGGAAGGCGUAAUGUCGGUCGCAACGUGGAGGUGUUUAACGACGAAAACGCUGAGGCGAUGCCUGUGUCCGAGACGGAGGUAAAGUCCAGCUUGCGUUCAAUUAUUGACGCAGCUCGCGGGCAGGAGAAUAUAAAGGAACCAGUAGCCUGGAACAAGGCAAAUUCAAAACCCCACAAGCACGGGAGAAUCUUUGGAAGUAACACCUCGCCGGGCUUGGGUUUUGACAUACACGUUGACGAACAAGUGAUGCCCCCUAUCACCAAUUACGAGCACCGCCUGGAACAGCCCUUUAAAUUUCCGCCAAACUUUGUGGCCAAGAACAAGCCUCAAGAGUCCUGGGUGACUCCAGUUACCAUAGAAGACGAGCCGAAUGGAAGUGGACUGCCUUGCUACAAUAAGUGCCUCCUUUAUCCGCGCCCCAACCUAGAGUUCUCCCCCGAGGAGUACCGUGCCUACUGCCAUCUGAAACGCCGCAAUCCACAGCAUCCUUUUUUCCAGCGAAACGAUGAGUGGUGGGGCACUGGUCAGGUAAUUAGAGGCAUUCGGUGCUACCCGAACUUUGCCAAGUCUUCCAGGCCACAGCCGCGUGACGAGCUAGACAAAUUUUGGAAACCCCCUAUCGUGCCUGGCCUGGAGGUCGUUUUCGACAAACUCUACAAUGAAGAGGAGCAGCAGGAGUACCAAUCAGAGGAGCUGCUGGCAGCCAAGUGGCUGCAAAAGCGCAAUGUGACAGUUCAUGGCGACUUCGACAUGGAGGAAACAGUGUGUUUGCCUGGGAACAAAAUGCCACGCCGAAAAAGUUUCUUUCCUUCAUCUUCCAGAGAGUCUAUGAAGUCACGCAGGGUUUCCUCUGUCCAAGAAGAGAAAGAGAAGGAGGAGACUGAAGAUACAGUGGUCGUACGAGAAGCGACAUUACCGCCGCCUGCUGUUACAGCUAAGUCGCCUGCUCCAAUCGAGCAGAAAGCUGUGCCGCAAAUUAAAAUAUUUGAGGAUUCCAUCGCACAUUCCGAUAAGCAGUUUGCAGUACCAGCUCCUCCUGUAUGCAAGAUAGAUAUUUAUGAAGACUCAGAAGACCCGCAGCCAACGCUAAAAACAAAGCCAUCAAAUGCCGCACCGCUUUUUGACGGCGAUGAGACUUGCUCCACGCAAGUUUUCAACAUGUUCAUAGAGUCACAGGCUGUAAGUACACCCAAGGGCACACAGAAGCAAGCACCGUCACGUCAAUUUGGAACUAUUCUCAAAGAACUUCCCCCACCAGAGGACACUGCUUCUGCUCCCGCGGUCGAUUCUCCAGUGGAGGCACGGAAACAGCUAUCCACCAUACUAGAGACCUCUGAACAUGGCACCCAAAGCCUGGCGACUAGUGGCGCUACCACAAAGUCUACCAUUACCUCUUCGUUUUCGCCCGGAUCCAACGUUUGUUCGAAAAUGGCCAGCAGGAAUGAGGAGUGCACUCCUGGACAAAUGCGUCUGCAAGGUAUGAUUGGUCUGGGGCAUUCAGCAGUCGUCGUGGAACCGGACAAAUUAAGUGGCGACAACUUUUCCCAUCGCGAGUUAUGGGAACCAAAUGCACCUAGCGUGCCACUGCUUAAGUCCCUGCGCUUCCAGGAGGAUAAGACAGAGACUAUUCCAAGGCCUCUAGCGUGCUUCCAGGAAGACAGAACUGAAACGUUGCCACGAGUGCCACGCGCUCUGGUCUGUUUUCAGGAAGAUAAAACCGAAACGCUACCACAAAUGCCUUCCGCUCUGCCUGAGACUUCUUUGCUUCAGCGCUCUGUGGUUGUUGGAAAAUCCUUAUCCCCACCACAAAUUCCUUCUUUAGAUGAUGAAAACGAUUUGUGUGGAUUAUUUGGAAAGACACCGCCGAAGGUAAACCCUUUUGGUUCUCCAAAACGCAAUUCCGACCAUACCACUCCCGAUCUUUUUAAGUCGUUAAGAGACGCUGAUGCGCCCAGUAUCAAGCUGCAGGAUUCCAUUAUGACCGACCUUUCCUUUGUGCCUGAGACACAGCCUGAGCCCAAGCCAAAAGCGGAGACCAUGCUGAAUAAGUUUGAAAUCUUUCUAGACGACACGCAGCCAGUGGUAACAAAUACAAAAGCAGUACCGUCGAUUGGUUCCAGUUUUGGUUUGGACUGCACUUUUCCGGAAACGCAGAAGCCAGUUCUAAGUCCAGCAAAAAACCAGGAAACAUUUGGACAAUCCCAUAUGAUUGCUUCGUUUAUGAAGGAUUGCACAGAAAUAAGCAGCUGUCCUCCACCGAUCCCAACCCCGAUCGUCGCAAAUAAUCUCGCAUGUACUUCGACAGAACUGAAGUUUCCCACAGGUUCCAUGUCAGAACCUUUAACAAAAGCUUCCGGCAAUGACAAAUUGGGCAAUGCUGAGCUACAUGACGACUUUUUUGAGCUCAACGCAGCCACAGAGAUGUUUGGCACCAAUAUUAGUAUGAUCAAAAAUUCUACACUACUCCGUCCGCCAGAUGUCUUAAAUCCUCCUGAAGAAGAAAUGGCAGAAUUAAGCAUAUACUACAAGACAACACCACUGACGCCGAAGCAGUCACAUCAUUCCUGGUCCCACUCCGAUUUGGAAACACCGUCGCGUGAGCACUAUGUCCACCCCAAGUCCAAUGGCGAUCACUCUAUGUUGAACGAUACCCUGGCCGACGCAAAUAGAAACCCGUUCAACGUAGAGCUCAUCAGCUCGCUACUCGAAUCAAUAGACUUCUCCAUGUACAUCGAAAAACUACCUCACUGUCACCUGGUGGGCCACGUCAAGCGACUUCAUCCUAACACCCAGCUGGUGGUCCACAAUGAACAGUUCGAGGUAUCCAAGAUGAUAGGCAAGGGAGCUUACGGGUCGGUAUAUGUAGGGCGGCAUCUUAAAUCUGGGAAGAAGGUAGCUCUUAAGCAGGAACGACCAACCAAUUACUGGGAGUUCUACAUAUGUCUGGAGAUUCACAGCCGGUUAUCAAGUGAGCAAAUGAUUCCAGCCUACGCACAUAUAGAUUAUGCCCUGGUGGGCAACAAUUCCAGCGUAUACAUCUCGGAAUUUUCAGACUAUGGUUCACUUAUCGGUGUGUGCAACAAGGUAAAGAGUGUCACAAGUAGGAAUCUAGACGAGUAUGUUGUAAUGCACUUAAGCUGUCAGAUGCUUGACAUUGUGGAUCAUCUGCACGCCAUGGGUAUCAUUCAUGCCGACAUAAAGCCGGAUAACUUUCUGCUAAUGAGGCCAUUAUGUUCUGAUCCAAACGAUGUGAGUCUACAGCUAAUUGACUUCGGUGUGUCUAUAGACACCAAGCUCUUUCCGAACAAUCAGACAUUUAAUUAUGUCCAUCACGAUGAUCUGUUCAAGUGUAUUGAGAUGCGAACCCAGCGUCCGUGGACUUACCAGCUGGAUUUAUUUGGUCUGGUUGGCGUCAUGCAUGUACUGCUAUUUGGGCGCUAUAUGGAAGUGGCUCAACGAUUUCCGAGCACCGUGUGGAUGCCCAAGACAACCAUACCACGCUACUUUCAGCGGCAAAUGUGGGAGAACGUGUUCCGAGCACUGCUUAACAUUAGAGACUGCCGCACCAUGCCCAAUCUGCAGCAAUUACGUACUCAGCUCAAGUAUGCGCUGGCUGAGAAGGAAAAAUAUGUCGGAGAGGCCAUCAGCAAGUUUAAUACAAUACUACAACAAUAGCUUUUUAACUGUAUUUUUCCUGAAUCAGUUUUUCUUAUGCAUAUAAAUCAUUUUUAAAUAGUUUUUUAAGAUAAAGUAUUUUCUUAGUAACGGUUUUAUUUGGCUCUUGAACAAAUAUACAGGUUAGUUAACUAA